GAGGGAAAAGGGGCAGACCAGGAUGGUGUGAAUAAGCCGUUUGUUUGUCCCUCCGUUGUCCUCCCUGUCCUUGCCUGGUGCUUGGUGCCUGGCAUCCAGAGUAAUUUCCUUUCAUAACCACCACUGCCAUCCUUGCAUUAGCAUUUUCACUGCUGCAAGGGCAACAUUCAAGUGUGUGUGUGUGGUUGUUCGCCAGCUCACUACCGGCCUUAUUAUGCAGGGACUGGGCAAGACUGAGAGAGGAGAGCAGGGCCGAGACAUCGACCUGACAUCGCUGAGAUCCACCAUGCCGGCCAGCGGCCCUCUGCAGGGAGGUUCAACCUCUAACCUGAACAUGAACCUUUAUGCUACCAAGAAAACCGCAGCUGAAGGCAUGUUGGACAUCGCUCUGUUCCUGGCAAACAUCACACACAUGAAGACUGUCAUUGAACAGGGAGCUGGGUACAGGUACUAUGCUGCUGUUCUGACCCUCAUCUCCUUCUCCCUGGCUCUUCAGAUAGUGGCUGGAAUCCUGAUCAUUAUAAUCGCCCGCAGGGACCUGAAUGUGGUGUCCAAUCAGAAACGACUCGACUACCUGAACAACGUUGCCACAGGCGUCAUCUUCGCCACCACCGUGAUCAACUUCUUCAUCAGCUUCUUCGGAUCCAAGAGGACCGGCUUCUUCCGCUGGCUGCUGGCUCGACUCCACUUCUGAGACACACACAAACACACACAAAAUCACAAAUGCAUUCACACACAUGCACACAUUCAAGUGACACAAUGAUCCAAAAUGACGGAUUUUGAAAAACUAUUCACACAUGUUCAAACAUCACGUCUUAUUUCUCAUUCCAGCUUUCAAAACUGUAAUCCAACUAAGACAUUUUCACUUUAACCAACUGUGAUGUAAAUAUGCAUUAUUUCAUUUGCUGCAAUAAUGUGCUUGAGCAAAAAUUAAACAUAUUUUUUUAUUAUUUGUGUCUGUAUUUUUUACAUUUUACAUGUUUUUCCCCCUUGUUUGGUAACUGGUAAAAUUACGAAACCUGUUUUAUUUGCAUUUACUUGAAAACAUGUGUGACAGAAAAUUAUUUUUAGGUUCAAUAUCAGGAAAAAAGCAGAGUGAAUACAUGUGUACAUGGCGUCCUACAGAAAGCUGAAUAAAUGAAAUGAUUUAACAGAAAUCUGUGCUUUGAUUAUUGCAUUUUUAUUAAUGAUUAUUACGGCUCAAAUGAAAACUAGGUGGACAUGAAGUGGACCUGUUAUUACAAACUGUAGUAUGUGUGCAAGUGUGUCCAUGCAUGCAAGAUAAGUAACUUUUGCUCUUUAUUUUAUGCAUGGAUUUGAAGUCAAUAAAAAUGUCCAAACUCUCAGUGUUUCAGCAA